AUGAGUGAAUGUUCUUCAUUCUGCGGGAUUUCAAGCAAAAGCCCUCCCUGUGGGGGGUUUGGCACGUGCGUUCUUGAAGGCAUUCCUGAGAAGCCUGUUUGUCACUGUAAAGAGGGGUACGUCCAAGAAGAGUCUCAAAGGAACUGCAUUUCUAAAGCACAGGGCUACCCCCUAUUUACCGAUCUGAUCACAACCUCGGUCACCCUCACCGAGCUCACAGCACCAUCCACCGGAUCCGUCUUCUCCGAGACGGCCCUCAAUCUCUUCUCGUAUAAGACCAUCCGAGAUAACUGCGGCCGCCAGUUCUACUUCAACGCCAACUUUUCAUUCAUCAUGAAACCGAAAUCUCCUGGCAGCGGCGGCAACGGGCUCGCGUUUGUCAUUUCUGCGACAAAAAAGACUGCCAGCAACAUCGGCAGCGGCGUGGGGAAUGCUGGCAUGGACAAUCGCAGCAUGGCAGUGGAGUUUGACACGUGGCCGGACAAGGAGCACAAGGACCCGAGCGCAAGUCAUGUGGGAGUCAAUUUGAAUGGCAGCCCAUUUUCGAAAGAGACUGCCAACACCCCUACUGCGCUGAACAACGGAAAGAUGUACUUUGCAUGGGUGGAGUACAUUCCUGAGGCAGAGAGCUUGAAGGUGUACCUCGCGGAUGAAUUCAAUGCUCGCCCGGUCGAACCCGUGCUGUCCAUGAGCCUCUCUCUGUGUAACGUGCUGCAGCCCACACAGUCGCUCUUCGCCUUCUACUUUGGCUUUGUAGCUGCCUCACGCCUUCACGCGCAGAAGCAUACUGUCGCCACGGCAUCCAUUGUAACAGGAUACAACGUCCCUCCCCCACUUCCAGUUGACAGACGCACGGGUCUGCUCGUGGACUACGAUACGUUCAACCCGCAAACGACGAGCCCGUUCACGCGCUAUGUGAGCGUGAAUUACGCCAGCGCGCAGGACGACCAGGACUCGUGGCGGAUACCCACUUACUCCACCUGGACCAUCGACCCGCACUGGCUGCCCCAGGACCAGGGCGAUUGUGGGGGCUGCUGGGCGUAUGCGGUGGUGGCAAGCAUAGAAGCGGCAUACGCCAUCGCGAGGAACACCCCCAAAUCAUUUCCAUCGUUGUCCAUCACAUCCCUCUACGCUCUCAUGGGAAUGGAUGGCUGCACCAGCGGCUCUCCCACCAUUGCCUUUCAAACGCUCGCUGUCAAGGCCACCGAGGACAAGGACGGCCUCACUGCAGAGCCAACCAGCCCUACCACCACCACUUCCCGUGUCACCUCCCGUUCCUACUCCUUUUCGUCCUUCUUUUCCUCCUCCUCCUCCGCCUCUCCAUCCUCUCCCUCCUCUUCCCUUGCCACCCUCAACUCAUAUUUAUUCCUGGCCUCAUCUCCAGCAACACAUCACCCUUCUUCUCUUAGAACAACUUCUCUCACCGGGUCACCACCACCACAACCGGAUAAAUAUCUGGUGCAUGGGUUUGAGAGGACAGCAUUCAAGGGGUACUUUGGGCUCAUGCUGGCAGUGGGGCGCCAACCCGUUGUGGUGCACAUCCAGGCCAGCGCUACUUCCUUCACCACAUAUGACGGGAUACUCAAAUACGAGGAUAAAGGGUGCUAUACGGGCAACCUCGACCAUGUUGUACUUGUUACAGGCUACCUCAUUGCCGGCACUGACAAUACCCGCCCAACCAUGUCCGCGCCCUUCUGGAAGAUCCGCAACUCCUGGGGCACACGGUGGGGGGCGAAUGGGUACAUGUACAUGCAGAUAACAGACGGAGAUGGCAUCUGCGGCAUUAAUGUGCUGCCUGGCAUCUACCCGGUCAUCCGAUUCGAGGAAGACCCUUGCAUGACCAAGGCGUACAAGCUCAAGAGUGAACCAGGCUCCGUCAUGAACCCAUGUGGCUCCUACACGUGCAAGACCAUAAAAGACACUUUCAACAACAACUGUACCUGCAAGCCUCCCUUCGUUAAUGUUGUCAAUCGUGACAAAUCUCACACCUGUGCCUAUGUGGAUGCAUGCAGUGGCAGCACGCGGAACCCAUGUGAGGUGGGGUCGUGUAUCAACGAUGAAAAGGGCUCUUACACCUGUGUGUGCCCGCCCACACACUAUCUGGACUACACAGUCGAUGGCUUCCAGACCUGCUCCAGAGAUUGGGAGAUUGCGUCCAAGCUGCUGGUGAAUGGCAACAACUGGAAGUGUGCUGACGUGCACUCCCUCUUCAACCUUACAAUCGAGGAAUUUAUUAGAAACAACAAGGGUAUUAUCUGCUCGAAGCCCCUUCAGGAGAAAACAUUGCUCAACAUGACAAAAGAAAACAUGACUCCAUGCUCUGCUUUCUACUACACUCUGCCAGGGGACACCUGCUCCAUAGUCGAAACGUUCCUCAAUAUCAAGAAAGGCUCGCUGGCGAGGCUCAACCCAAACAUCACCUGCUCGUCUCUCAGCGCAUCCCGCUCCCUUUGCAUCGAUAACAGCGUUACAAAUUCACUCCCUGUACCCAGCUGUCUCAAGACAGCGUCUAUACGAGACAAGGAGGGCUGCAAGUCUUUGGUGAAUAAUCCUUCAAACAAAAUCUCCAUGGUGGAGCUCUACCGAAUGAACCCGGGGCUCGUUUGCAACUCUCCUGUCAAGAUUCUGAGUGACGGUGCGAGUGGAAGUGUGCAAGUGCCG